AUGCCAUCUCAACCCCCACUACCGCCCCUCCUCACACCCUACUUAUCAGACCUGCCGGAGUCUUCGCUGACGGUCAUCUCGUCUGUUCUGGGAGCCACGUCGAACUGGCUUGUCCUCAGAUAUCUGCAUGCUUCUCUCUCAAAUACUGCGAAUUCGAAUACAUCGCCUGAGAAUAAUGGAUCCAUUGGACGCACAUCGCGUAAAGUGGUCCUUGUCAGCUUCAUGCGGAGUUGGGACUUUUGGAAGACAGAAGCAAAGCGACUAGGAUUGGAUCUUGCGCGGCUGAGGGACAAGCGCCAAUUCGUGUUUGUGGACGGGCUGUCAGAGCUAUUCACUCCAUCAGCGUCUGCCUUCAGCACGGUGCCUGUUGGAAGCGCAAACCACGCAACUCUUCCUUUACGAAAUCGCCCUACUCCAGUGCCUGGGAGGGGCCCCCCUGCUGCAGGAUCUCUUGAUCGAUCAGCGCAAGAUCGCCGAGUUCAAGGAGAUGCCUCUAAUUCAGUGAGAUUGCAUUUCAGAGGUCGUGGAACUGCUGCUCUGGAUGCGAUAGAGAAGGACAUUAUUUCCGAACUUCAUCGACAAAGAGCGUCCAGCGAUGAGAACGAAGAGCUCCUCUUGAUCAUUGACCAACUGGAUCUCCUACUUGCUGCCACAGGGCCCGGCUUGGGUAUCGGAGCUACGGAAAUGGCUGAUUGGGUAAUGGGACUACAACAGCAUGCCCACGCAACAGUCUUGACUAUCGCCGCAGACUCUCCGCUGAUACACAAUGCUGCUACGAAUGUUCAUGGAGAUUGCACACCAAUUGAGACAGAACAUGCGGCCCUUGCCCUCGGUUUGGCCCACAGGGCCCGGACUGUGAUGCAACUGCGAAUGCUUGAAACCGGAGCCGCAAGAGACGUCAGCGGGGUCUUGAGAAUUAGUCGAGGCGGGGGUUGGAAUGCGGAGGCCAAACACAGCCUGGACGAGAAAGAGUUGCUGUAUUAUAUUCAGCGAGACGGGGGACUUCGUGUAUUCGGGCGCGGCGAGUCGUGA